UUCACAAUCACAACGUCACACUCACACCAACUCUCCGACCCAAAACCCGACCCGACCCUGACACCCGUGACCCGACUCCCAUGGCCUCCACAGCCAACCCCUUCUCCAUCUCCCUCUCCACCAAGCCCGCCGCCAAAGCCUCCCUCUCCAACCCCUCCGAGCUCUCUCUUCGGCCACACACCCACGGCGUCGCCGCUCUCCGGUCCUCGUUCGCUUCCAAUUGCUCCGUUAAGCUGAGUGUAGCCAAGUCCAAGGCGAAGAUAAUGGCGACAUCGGCUCAGGUGGUGGAUCAGCCGCCGAGUAAAACGGGUCCGGCGGCGAUGGAGGUUGUGGACGUCGAUUUGGGUACUCGGAGCUACCCGAUUUACAUUGGUUCCGGACUUCUCGAUCAACCCGAGCUUCUUCAAAGGCAUGUUCAUGGAAAGAGAGUUCUGGUGGUGACAAACACCACAGUUGCGCCCUUGUAUUUGGACAAGGUUGUUGAUGCGUUGACGAAAGAUAAUCCGAAUGUUACGGUUGAGAGUGUGAUUUUACCAGAUGGGGAGAAGUACAAGGACAUGGAUACUCUUAUGAAAGUGUUUGACAAGGCCAUUGAGUCAAGACUAGACCGGCGGUGUACAUUUGUUGCUCUUGGAGGUGGUGUUGUCGGUGACAUGUGUGGCUACGCUGCUGCUUCUUUCCUUCGCGGUGUUAAUUUCAUUCAGAUUCCAACAACUGUUAUGGCACAGGUUGAUUCUUCUGUUGGGGGUAAAACUGGGAUAAACCAUCCUCUUGGGAAGAACUUGAUAGGUGCUUUUUACCAACCCCAGUGUGUGCUUAUCGACACAGACACACUUAAUACAUUACCAGAUAGGGAACUGGCAUCAGGGCUUGCUGAAGUCAUUAAGUACGGACUUAUUAGAGAUGCAGAAUUUUUUGAGUGGCAGGAGAGGAAUAUGGACUCAUUGAUAGCAAGGGAUCCAAAAGCUCUUGCUUAUGCUAUAAAGCGCUCAUGUGAAAACAAGGCUGAGGUUGUGUCCUUGGAUGAGAAGGAAGGUGGACUGAGGGCAACUUUGAAUUUGGGUCAUACAUUUGGCCAUGCAAUAGAAACAGGGGUCGGCUAUGGAAACUGGUUCCAUGGAGAAGCUGUUGCAGCUGGCAUGGUCAUGGCUGUUGAUAUGUCCUACCGCCUUGGUUGGAUUGAUGAUUCACUUGUGAAGCGAGUUCAUAACAUUAUAAAACAGGCCAAGCUACCUAUUGGGCCCCCUGAGUCUGUGACAGUGGAGACGUUCAAAGCUGUGAUGGCGGUUGAUAAGAAGGUAGCUGAUGGAUUACUAAGGCUCAUCCUUCUGAAGGGUCCUUUGGGAAAUUGUGUUUUCACAGGUGACUAUGAUAGAAAAGCCCUGGAUGAAACACUCCACACAUUUUGCAAGUCCUAAUUUGCAUGUGAUUGAUCAUAUGCCAGUAUCAUUUAUGUGCAAGUUUUGAACCUUUGUUGUAUCUUUGUUCUCGUCCUCUCAACCUUGUACUCCUUUUUCCCCUAGUUAGAUGGCCUUCACUGGUCUUUUACAGUUUAUAGCCUUUACCUGUAAUUUUAGAAAUUGUUGGAUAUUGUAAACAAUAAAUCCAAUUAUCUGGAAAAAAUUGAUAUUGAGUUCAAACUAUGGAUGUUGAAUACAAAUUGAAAA